AUGGCUCCAUGUUCUUCGUCUGGCUCUAGUAGCUGUUGGAAGUAUGACGUCUUCCCCAGCUUCCGAGGGGAAGAUGUUCGCGGAAACUUUCUCAGCCACUUGAUGAAAGAAUUUGAAAGCAAGGGAAUUGUUACAUUCAAAGAUGAUCUAAUCGAAAGAAGCCAGACAAUCGGAUUGGAGCUCAAAGAAGCCGUAAGACAAUCUAAGAUCUUUGUGGUGAUAUUCUCAAAGAACUAUGCUUCUUCAAGCUGGUGUUUGGAUGAGUUGGUUGAAAUUUUAAAGUGCAAGGAGGAGAGGAGGCUAAUACCGAUUUUCUACAAAGUGAAUCCAUCCGAUGUAAGAAAUCAGACCGGGAAAUUUGGGAGAGGCUUCCGAGAAACCUGUGAAGGGAAGAAUGAUGAGACACAAAAUAAAUGGAAGGCAGCCUUGACCGAAGCGGCAAAUAUAGCGGGAGAGGAUUCACAAAGCUGGAAAAAUGAGGCAGAUUUUCUCACAAAAAUCGCGAAAGAUAUAUUGGCCAAACUCAAUGGUACACCGUCAAAUGAUUUUGAAAACAUAAUUGGAAUUGAAUCCCAUAUGGAGAAAAUGGUUCAAUUAUUAUGUUUAAACGAUGAUGACGUUAGGAUGGUUGGGAUUUGGGGUCCCGCUGGUAUUGGUAAGACCACCAUCGCAAGGGUUUUACACAGCCGCUUUUCUGGUGACUUCCGCUUUACUGUUUUCAUGGAGAACGUUAGGGGAAACUAUCAAAGAAUUGUCGAUAGUGGCGGCGAGUACAACUUACAGGCUCGUUUACAAAAAGAGUUUUUGCCCAUAAUAUUCAACCAAAAAGAUAGGAAGAUAAAUCAUCUAUGGAAGAUAGAAGAAAGGCUAAAGAAGCAAAAAGUUCUCAUUGUUCUUGGUGAUGUGGAUAAGGUAGAGCAAUUAGAAGCCUUAGCUAACGAGACACGCUGGUUUGGUCCUGGAAGUAGGAUCAUCGUUACCACCAAAGAUAAACAGAUAUUGGUAGGACAUGAGAUAAACCAUAUAUACGAGGUCAAAUUACCAUGCAGAAAAACAGCACUUGAGAUCUUAUGCCUCUAUGCUUUCAAGCAAAAUGUGGCACCAGAUGAUUUCAUGGAUGUGGUGGUUGAAGUAGCAGAGCUUUCUGGUCAUCUUCCAUUAGGUCUCCGUGUGUUAGGUUCUCAUAUGCGCGGAAAGAGCAAGGAUCGGUGGAAACUUGAACUAGGAAGGCUCACAACUAGUCUUGACGAAAAGGUGGAGAAAAUAUUAAAAAUCAGCUAUGAUGACUUACAUAUUAGGGAUAAAGCUUUGUUCCUUCACAUUGCAUGUAUGUUCAAUGGUGAGAACAUUGAUCUUGUGAAGCAAAUGCUUGUCAAUAGUGACUUAGAUGUGAGUCUUGGGCUCCAACUCUUGCUUGAUAAAUCUCUCAUUCAAAUAAAUGAUGAUAGAGAAAUAGUCAUGCAUAGUUUGUUACUAAAAAUGGGAAAAGAAGUCGUUUGUCAGCAUUCAAGCGAGCCUGGAAAACGUCAGUUCUUGUUCAAUACAAAGGAGACUUGUAACAUACUUUCAAAUAAUACAGGUUCAGAAGCAGUACUUGGCAUAUCAUUAGAUACAUCUGAGAUCCAAAACGAUGUCUUCAUGAGUGAGAGAGUUUUUGAAGACAUGCGCAAUCUAAAGUUCCUAAGAUUCUACAACAAGAAAAUUGAUGAAAACCCAAGUUUGAAACUCCACCUACCUCGAGGGCUAAACUACUUGCCUGCUGUAAGAUUAUUACAUUGGGAUUCAUAUCCCAUGAAGUAUAUUCCUUCUCAAUUUCGUCCAGAAUGCCUUGUGGAACUCCGCAUGAUGCAUAGCAAAGUGGUGAAGCUUUGGGAAGGAACCCAGACGCUUGCAUAUCUCAAGACGAUAGAUUUGAGCUUCUCCAAUAAUUUAGUAGAAGUUCCGGAUCUUUCAAAGGCAAUAAGUCUCGAGACAUUGUGUCUAGAAGGUUGCCAAAGUUUGGCGGAGCUUCCUUCCUCUGUCUUGAAUCUUCAUAGACUAAAAUGGUUGAGGCUGACUAUGUGUGAAAAGCUAGAAGUUAUACCGCUUCACAUCAAUUUGGCAUCUCUUGAGGUCCUUGACAUGGAAGGAUGCUUAAAAUUGAAAAGUUUUCCAGAUAUUUCGAAGAACAUCGAAAGAAUCUUUAUGAAAAACACAGGGAUAGAAGAAAUACCUCCAUCAAUUAGUCAAUGGUCUCGCCUUGAAUCCCUUGAUAUUAGUGGCUGCCUAAACCUCAAGAUAUUUUCACAUGUCCCCAAGAGUGUAGUGUAUAUAUACCUAACGGAUAGCGGUAUUGAAAGGCUUCCAGAUUGUAUCAAAGAUCUCACUUGGCUACACUACUUAUACGUCGAUAAUUGUAGAAAACUUGUGUCACUGCCAGAGCUUCCAAGUUCGAUCAAGAUUCUAUCAGCAAUAAAUUGUGAAUCACUUGAGAGAAUAUCUUCAUCUUUCGACUGUCCAAAUGCGAAAGUCGAGUUCAGCAAAUCCAUGAAUUUCGAUGGAGAAGCACGACGAGUAAUCACGCAGCAAUGGGUUUACAAGAGAGCAUGCUUACCUGGCAAAGAGGUUCCUCUGGAGUUCAGUCACCGUGCCAGAGGAGGUUCCUUGACCAUCCAUCUAGAAGAUGAAAAUGUUUGUUCUUCAUCUUUAAGAUUUAAGGCUUGCAUCCUACUUUUCCCAAGCGAAAGGAACAAUAUUUGUACUGUAUAUUGUCGUCUCAUAGGUGAAAGUGGUCGUCUCAUCGCAGCACAUAGAUUUGGUGGAGUUGUCAAGGACUUUGUCACACCGCAUCUGUUUAUAUUUAACUCAGUCUUACUUGAAGAAGUGGAUGUGAUACGGUUUGGAUUCAGCAGCAUACACCACGAGAUUACGGAAUGUGGUGUACAAAUAUUGACAGAUGCAUAAGCAUUCGGGAGCUAUCAGGAACUUCUACAAGAUGUCGGAGCGUUCGAAAAUGAAAAAAAGUACUUAUGUUAAAAGUUUAACUUCAUUUCAAACUAUAUCCACUAAAAUACUCGC